UCUCUCGAAUGAUCGCCGCUUUGAUGAGAAUCGUAUAAAAUCAGCUCUUUCGCUUGGAACAAUUUAGUUAUUUCUCACAUCACUAAAGGAGAAACGCCUCAGUAUUCGAGAGUACCAGUAUUUUACAACCAUUUAUUGUUGAUUUCAGUUAUUAGCAAUCGAAGUGUGAAGAUGGAACCAUUUUUCUAUCCGUCAUUUUAUCCCAGCCGAUUCUACCAAUCGGAGCCACAAUUCUCUCCCAACCACUGGAUGCCAAACAUGAACCCAUGGUAUGGUGGUCAACCAUUAGACCACUCAUACGGACAUCGUCGUCCAUUUCGCUGUCCUUUUGCAACAAGGGGAGGACGCAAUGACGGUAGAGUUUGGAGCAUGUUCGCUCAACCUCCCAAAAGGUCGAGAGUAGCAUCCAUUCGUUCACCACUCCAGCAGAUCUUUGGUGAUGACUUGUUUAGAUCUGCCUUGGCUGACGAUAUCAUCUGCCUUCUUGAACAUCACUCACAGAAUCCUGAUGAAGCAACCAACAAGACUCCCGAGGGUAGAUUGAUAACUGGUGAAAAGAAAGAUUCAUCCACCGCCUCGAAGGCUUCGUCACCUGACCCUAACACACAGCCAUCGACGUCUUCAACUGAACCAAGCUGCAAAGAAUCAUCAUCAAGCUCCAACAUCAAGGCGACAAAGAAAGACACAGACUCAGAAAAGAAGAAGUUUGGUGAUCCUUGCGAAGGUUACAUGCUUCGAUUUGAACUCUCUCCCGAUGGAUUCUAUCGCCCUGUGUAUUCUCCUGUUCCUGUUCCUACUCUUAGAAGAAAACAGCUUCUCAACGACGACUUCUUCAAGUCUGUCUUUACUGAUGACCUCGUCUCCUUGCUUGAACACCACGUCAAGGAAGCCGAUGAUGCCUACAGAAGGGAGGCUGUGCAGAACGAGACUGACACGUCGUCACUGUCAGAAGGAGCUGUUGCUAAGAAAGAAGCAGAUGACAAGCCUGGCAAACCAUUCAACGUCUCGCUGAAACUCGGUGAUUUCAACCCCGAGAAUGUCAAUGUAAGCCUAGAUGGUCGGAAGGUGAUUGUGAAAGCAAAGCAGGAAGAACAAGGCAGAGACGACCAUUGGAAACGCCACAGCCAUGUUGAAUACAGCUUCUUGCUGCCUGAAGAGACGCCUGCAGAAAGUCUGACGUCGAGCUUUGAUAAGGACGGUAUCCUGUCGAUAACAGCCAAGACUCAGAAUGAUGAAUCUACCAACAACUUGAAGGCCGUAAAAUGUUCGUCAGAGGAAAAAGUCGAGACGGCAAAAGAUACAGAAGAAGAAACUAAUUAGCAUUUUAAAAAAAGUAGGAACAUCGAGGAGAAUAAUAUUGAUGUAAGUUUAUAGACCAGAAAACAGUCGGAAACCAUUAUAAUAUUUGUUUCUUUGUUUGUUUGUUUUUGUCAUUUGUUAUUGCUUUGUUUUAUAGCGUAUUUCUAUAUCCUACUGUAUAAAUGGUGAAUUUCAUUUUUGUUAUUGCAUAUUGAUUGUGCAUGGUAUUGCUAGAACACAAAAAGAAUGUUUGAUAUAAUUAUGUUAAAUAAUUUUGGGAGAUUCUAAUUAGUGAUCUAAAAUGAAAGUCUUGUAAAUGUUUGUCAGAUUCCAAUCAUCAAAGAAAUGUGGAAAAAUAGGCAUUUUAAUGCCCAAAUAAUUUUGACGAAACCAUUUUAAAAAACAGGAGAGAGAAAGAGAGUUUUUUGUUUGUCCGUCUUGUGCUAUUUCCGACUCUAAAAAUAUGUCUAUCAUUAAAUGACUUUAAUUUUUUUGUAUGGUAUUGUUAUAGAUAAAAACGCCUAUUCUAAACUUGGUUUGUUUAUAAUGUUUUUUCAUGAAUAAAUUGCGUGUAUCUUUUUAAUUUGAUGAACCAGUUAUUCAUACAAAAUUAUUUUCUUGACACUCCUUUAUUCUGUUGACACUACUUCAGUGAUAUUGUUGCGAAAUAAUGGCAACUUCUGAUUUCUUUAGUUUCAAAUACUUCAAAUAAUUGAUUGUUAAGUUAGAAAUUAUCACAUAUUUAAUCAUAUAUGAUUAUAUAAUGUGUUCUUUGAAAUAUAUUAUAAAAUAUCAAGCAAUAGUAACAUAUGAUUUCUUUAGUUUCAAUUACUUGGAAUGAUGUUUUUAGUUAGAAUGAUCAUGUAUUUCAUUCUAAUAUGUAAUAUGUUCUUAAAAAUCAUGGAAAUGUUCAUAAAAAUGGCAGACAGUGAUACAGUUUGUAAUUUAUAAUUUGCAGAAAACAAAAUAAACAUCUAAAGUUAUCCAAAUGGAAGAUUUAGAUUCAAAAUAUGAUUCUGAAUAUUUUAUUAUCGUUUUCUGUCGAACAUCAAGAUCUUGAAAAAAGAAAGUACUACAUGAAUAAAAAUAAAAUAAAAAAAGAAUGGUGGGUAAUUUUGUAUAUUGCAAGAUGAGCAGUCGGUCUUGUAUUUCAGUUUGUGUCAAUAAAAAAAUUGAAGAUAAAAGUCAUAAAAAGUCUUUAUUUUAUCAUCAGGAUCAAUUUUGAUAUGAUACGUGUAUUGAGCGGGUGAGUUUGUGAUACAAUAUUUUAGGGUCUGUGAUCAGUGUUGACAAUACAUGGUGAUGAUGACUAUAAAAGUGAUGAUGAUGAUGGUGGUGGUGGUGGUGAUGAUGGUCGGGUGGUGAUGAUGACAAUGAUGAUGGUGAUGAUGAUGAUGAUGAUGGUGGUGGUGGUGGUGUUGGUUGUAAUGAUGGUGAUUUGAUUUGAUUUAUUGUUUUCUUCUGCAUCCAUGGAACAUUCAUAUAAUACAUUUUCCAUAACAUAAUAAACAUAAUAUGUUAGCAUUUUUGGCAUGAAUCAUAAAUAAAGUGUACAAAAAAAAAUAAUGAUAAUAAUUCCAGACAAAAAUGAUUAACUACCAAAUUAUUAUAUGAUAUUAACAAUUUGCAGGAGAAGGAUUGACAUCAUAAGCAUAUUGCUUGAAGAAAAUAUGACAAUUCCAAACUAAAACUAAUUAGAUUAAUUGAUACAUUUAUAAAGCAGAAUGGGCAUAUAUUUUAAAAUACGAAACAUCAAUUCAUGCAAUAUUUUUAGUAUGAGAUGAAGAUGAUAAAGGUGAGGGUGACGGUGAUAUGAUGAUGAUGAUGAUGAUGAUAAUGAAGGCCAUGGAGAUGAUGGUGGUCAUGAUGGAGAUAUUGGUAAUAACUAAAUCGAAGGAGGAAUGAACAGGGGUGUGGGAGUUCAGAUUUUUAUCUGAUUUCAGAUUUUUUUUCGUUUUGAUUUUCAGCUUAAUUUCAGCUUAUUUUUGGCUUUCCUCUGUACAAAAAGUAUGGGAGCUCUUUCUAUUUCAUAUUUUUUCUACAAGUUUCAGCUUUUUCAGAUCUUUUUAUUUGUGACCACUCACACCCCUGAAUGAAUUCACGAUAAAAAAGGAUACAAUGACACAAAAUUUUUACUUCAAAUAUUCUGAUAAUAACAUUAACGUUUGCCUUAAAUGAGUGAAGAGACGAAGAUUGUUUUACAGACUCUGGUAGAGAGUUCCACAAAUCUGGACCAGGGUGUCUUAUGGAUCUCUGCGCAAUAAGCAAUUUGGGGUUGAUUAAAUGGAAAUUUGAAGAGUUACGGGUAGGGUAUGAAUGAAUAAGAUGUAUUCAGAGUAUAAAAUGAAGGUGGGAGCAUGUUAUUUACGUACUUGAACAUAAGUAGUAAACUUUGAAGUGAACUUAUGUCAAAUACUGUUAGAGUCUUUAGUUUAUGGAAUAAUGGAUUUGUGUGUGAUAAAUAUUGGGAAUCAGUACAGAUUCGAAUUGCUUUUUUCUGUAAUAAGUAUAUUGUAUUAAUUUUAGUUUUUGCACAUGUUGCCCAACUAUGUUGCAAUACGAUAUAUAAGGUAAUAUCAAUGAAUUGUAUAGUAUGAUAAGAGUUGUAUGUGGAAUUAUGUUUUUCAUUUUGUAAAGUAUACCUACGUUUCUAGAAAUACUAGUAGUUAUACAACGUACAUGUUCAUUCCAAUUAAAA